GCUUGGCUCCUCAAUCCUCAUUUGCCGAGUCAUUAUCCCUUCCUUGAACCCGUCGUCAGGCAUCCCUCUAUCACCAUCCUUUUGUGCCCACCCAUCAGAAUCCGCCCUGUGUUCGCAUCAUGGCUCGUCGUUAUGAUUCCCGCACGACCAUGUUCAGUCCCGAGGGACGUUUGUAUCAGGUGGAGUACGCCAUGGAGGCCAUCGGGCACGCCGGCACUUGCUUGGGCAUCUUGGCCCAGGAUGGGAUCUUGUUGGCGGCUGAGCGACGCAACACCAACAAACUUUUGGACGAAGUGUUCCACAGCGAAAAGAUCUACCAUCUUCAUGACGAUAUGGCGUGCUCGGUGGCCGGCAUCACCUCGGAUGCCAAUGUGCUCACCAAGGAGCUCCGAUUGAUCGGUCAACGGUACUAUUACAAGUACGGCGAGUCCAUGCCGUGCGAGCAAUUGGUGUCGCAUUUGUGCGAUAUCAAGCAGGCUUACACCCAGUACGGAGGCAAGCGACCUUUCGGCGUGUCUAUCUUGUACAUCGGUUGGGACAAGGAGUUGGGUUACCAACUGUAUCAAUCCGAUCCCUCCGGUAACUACUCCGGCUGGAAGGCCACUUGCAUUGGCAAUAACGCCAGUGCGGCCGUUUCGCAACUCAAGCAGGAAUACAAGGAGGGCGAGAUGACCUUGAAGGACGCCUUGGACCUAGCCGUCAAGGUGCUGAGCAAGACCUUGGACAUGACCAAGAUCACGCCCGACAAGAUCGAGAUCGCCACUUUGAGUCGCCAGGAUGACAAGACUCAAAUCCGCAUCCUGCCCGUUAACGAGAUGGAGGAGCUCAUCAAGAAGUUCGAGGCCAGUGAGAAGGCCGCCGAAGAGGCCAAGAAAGACAAGCCCUGAACGGUGUGGGGUUCUUAUAUUUUACUAUGUAAUUUUCCUUUCCCAAGAAACAAUAAUUAAAAAAAAAAUGCCCUCUUU